AUGGUCCCGCAACAACCAAUUGCCUCCACUAUUCUUCCACCUCGUAAAAAAAAGGGCAUAGGCAACCAAAGGGAUUCGGCGCAUGUUAGUCCUCACUUGGGUCAAACACAUCAACGGAAAUCCGAACUUCAUAUUCCAAAAUAUGAAAACGAGUCACAAAAGAGAGUUUCAGCAUUGGAACCGCGUCAAACGCAAGCUGUGGAACACGGGACACAUCGAACGUUGACAACGCGGCGUCCUGUCAACAUCCCGGUUAACAAAGAUCAAUCUGGUCGACAUGUGAAUGAUGGAAGAUCCGUCAAAUUAUAUGUGAGAGCUUUGUAUGACUACACGGCUUCAAGUCGCGAAGAAAUUUCGUUUAUGACAGGGGAUCUAAUAGCCGUGUUGCGUAUAUGUUCUGAUGGUUGGUGGGAAGGUGAAAUAUUGGAUGAAACUAGAAGAAUUAGGGGCAUAUUGGAUGAAACCAGAAGAAUGAGGGGCAUAUUCCCAAGCAACUAUACUGAAGUAUUGAAAGGUUUGGGUUCGAGUCCAAGCUCAACUUUAUAG